AUGAAAAAUUUAAUUCUGAUUUGCUUGUUAGCUAUGGUCUUAACAUAGCAAGUUUAACACUCAAAUAAAUGUAAUGAUUGUGGAUAAUUAAAAUCACAGAAUGAUUGUGAAUAAGAGAUAACUGUAACAGGAACUUGUGAAUGGAUAGCUGCAUCAGGAACAACACCAGCAAAAUGUUAGAAAAAGACAACAGUUGAUCCAGUCAGUUCAUUCAAACCUUAUUGCGAACUUAUUGAAAAACCAGAAACAAACUGUGCUAAAACAUUAGGUUGUGCUUAUGUUGACUUAAAAUGCACACAUUUUACAGGAUGUCAAGCAUAUGUUAAAACUACAACAACAGAUUGCUAAGCUAUAUCCUAUUUUUGUGUCAGUGAUGGAAAUGCCUGUAUUCAAGCUAAAGAAUGUAAAGAAUACACAUAAUAACAAUGUGAAUCAACUCCAAGUGUUUCAGGAAUACUUAAAUGUAAAUGGGAUACAAAUUCAGGAGCUUGUAGAGAUUAUGCAUGUUCUGAAGCAGAUACUAGUUUAAAUACUGAUGAAAAAUGUUCAGUUUGGUUAGCUGGUUGUGUAACAAAAGGUUAAGGCUGUGUUAAUGCACCAAGACCUGCAUGUGCUACUUAUACAGGAGAUGAUGCUGCAUGUUAAUCUUUUAUUGGAUCAGAUGGAAAUUGUGAAUUAGCAACUGGUACAACAAAUUGUAAGGCCAAAGAAUGUGUUAAUGCUCCAACAUCAUUAAGUUCUGAUGAUGAUUGUAAAGCAUAUUAAAAAGGAUGUAUAACAACUGGAAAAGGUUGUGUUUUAGCAACAACAAAACCAUUAUGUUCCACAUAUUCAGGAGAUAACACUACUUGUGUUGGAUAUAUUGGAUCAGAUGGAGUUUGUGAAGGUGAUGCUGGUGGUUCUAAAUGUAGAGCCAGAAAAUGUGAAAAUGGAGCAUUCAAUACAGAUGAACUAUGUUAAUAAUAUUAAAGUACUUGUAGGACAAAUGGCAAGAAUUGUGUUUCAGCAUUAACAGCUUGUAAUACAUAUAAAGGUACUGCCACCACUUGUGCUGUAUAUAUUGGUACUGAUGGAUAUUGCAAAGGAACAAGUACAACAACUGAAGCUUCUUGCUUACCUAAGGUUUGUGUCAAUAUAAAUCCAAUUUUAUUUAAUCAUAUCUUAAAUAAUUAGCUUAUUAAAUGUUCUUAAAUUUUCCUAUUUAUUCUCUCUUUUUUUAAGAAUCCUUAUUUUUCACCAGAAUGUGGAUUAAUUAAAUAUUAAAUUAGUUAUAAUAAAUGA